AUGUCUCUGGGGCAAGGGGGAUUCUAUGGAUGCAGAUCUCUUUUCCGAGAGGCCGGUCGGAUCGACCUUGGGUCUGAUUUCAUACACGACAUCAAUAAUCCACCGUUACGAGUAUUGACACUUCCGGAACUUUCGGUUAAGCCACAAGCAAUGCUUGUUAGAGAGGAAUAUGAAGAGGCGUUGCAGCACGUCGAUCUGCGCUACGCGAGCCACCCGUCAGGCGGGGUGCUCAUCACAGGCCAUCCUGGUAUUGGCAAGUCAUUGUUCUUGCAAUACGUUCUCGUCAUGCGAAUCCUACAAGGCGAACCCAUUUUGUACCAGCAUCAACCGGACUGUGUCUAUCUGUUCCACGGCAAAGGCGUCUUCCGUUUACCGACGGACAGGCUGGAAGCAGUCUCGCGGGCUGCUCAGCUUGAACAGUUCUCAGACGCAUUCGCCCUGGUCGACGUCAGCGGCGAGCUAGAGGAGCCAGCGAAGAACCUCCUUUCGCAGCGGUCUCCUUUCUUUCUUAUCGCAGCGGUACCUCCAAGAACAGGCGAGCGGCCGUGGAUGAGGAUGAGAAACAUGAAACGGUUUGUUAUGAAGCCCUGGUCGUGGGUGGAGAUCUUUAUUGGUAAUACCUUGCAGCGGCGCCAACUGUCGGAAGCUGUUCUGUUCGACAUUUUCACCAAAUUUGGACCCGUUCCUCGUGUCUGCUAUCAGUUUGCAGAAGGACCACUGCUUGAUGAGGACAUGGAGGACAGGAACAAGAGAGUACUCGCGCUCUGUGAAAUCGUUCGAUCUGCAUAUCCGAUAAACGUACCACAGCUGAUGGACCACCAGGAUUUCGACGAGGUCUUCCUUCUCAGGCCCCAUGAUUCUGAUCGUCGGCAAGAGAUUUACGAUGUCAUCAGUCCUCACAUCGGCAGACUCAUAAUGGACUUGCACAUCCAACGUCCUAACGGAUCCUCUAUCCCUACUAAGCUAUACGACCUGUUGCACGAUGGUGGACAAUCUCCAGAUCUAGCGGCCGCAGUUCUGUUCGAGCGAUUUUUGUGCCAUUCGGGCAAUACGUGGAUCGAAGGACGGAAAAUCCAAGAACGAGAUAAGAUCAGAUACUCCUUUGGAGAAGGUGUCAUUGCUGGGUCGGCGACGACAAUGAUGCAAUACGUGCUCGAGUUUGCGCGCCGCUUCGAUGCAUUCACCAGUAUGAGUCCCGAUAGCGGAGAGAUUUUAUGGCUACCAAAUUCUCCGGCCUUCAAUGCGUUCUUCGUCUGCUUGUCUUCAAGAUAUGACGGUGGAUAUGACGAUGAAUAUGGCAUUGUACCCGAAACUCCCAGGGAAUUCUCUACAACGAUCCUGAUCGCCACUCUUGCUCGCCAGCACCGCAUACCGACCAGGGCCCUUGAGGACCUAGCAUCCCGUUUUCCCGAGGAUCGUCAACCGACCACGGACCGUCCUUGGUCUGUUGUGUUCGUCGUCCCGGAAAGACGGAAUUUAGAGUGCUGGGUUGACAGUGAACUAUGGGCAGACAAGCUAAAGGUGGCACUUUGCCGGAUGGUCGUGACUGAUGAUCAUCUCAAAAAGAAGCUCUGA